GGAAUUACAUUAAGUGGUGGUCAGAAAAUGCGUGUUGCUUUAGCAAGUGCUGUUGACGCACAUACUGCUUGGCAAUUGAUGAAUGAAUGUCUACUAGGUCCUAUUAUGAAAGGACGUACCCGAAUUCUUGUAACGCAUCAUAUCAGACUCUCUGUUACUGGUGCUGCUUAUUUGGUUGUUGUUAAUAAUGGAAAAAUUGUUACAUCUGGGUCGAUUUCAGAAUUACGCAAUUCAGGAACAUUGGCCUCGAUCCUUGAUGAGAAUGAUAAUCAAUCAGAAUUCGAGAAUUCCGUUGAACUAGCCGCGGAAAAUGCUGCUAAAGUAAGUAAUAUCUCCGAACAGUCAUCCACUCCUAGUCACAACGCCGAUUCAUCAACUGCUUCCGAUGCAACUCUUGUCGAGAAUGUUGAUCAGGCGGAUGAUUCACAACCAAUAAAAAAAGUCUCUAAACCAAAAGUUCUUGUCGAAGAAGAAGCUAGAGUUAUGCAAAUAAUGGAAAAUUGGUGGCUUCAAGUUUGGUCAAAUGCUAAAAACGAGACAACACCAUCACUUUUCAAUUUUGUUCGACAAGAUAAUUUAGUUAUGAUAGAUGGAAUAUUCGACGAUAUUUAUAAGCCACAUAGCGUUGAUUAUUAUUUAAAUCUAUACGUGUUAAUUACAUUAUCAUCAAUUGUCAUUGGCAUCUUACGUUUUGUUUGGCUUUAUUACGGAUCUUUAAAAGCAUCUGAAAAACUUUAUCGAAAAUUACUUCAUCAAGUUAUUCGUGCUCCAUUAAGAUUUUUUGACACAACCCCA